AGAAAAACCACUUCCAGUAACCUUUUAAUGGAAAAUUUCAUUGAAACUGUGGAAGUAGAUAGCCAGGACCAUUGUUUCGGUGGGCCUGAAUUAUCUCCCUCUUUUGCUAUAUCUUUACCAAGCUGCUCGAAAGAUGUCAGUACCCCUUCAAGGAGUUAUGGAAAGAAAAGAAAAAUUUCUGAGGACAUAGAUAUGGAAAUAUUAAAUACUUUAAAGGAGAUGAAAGAUAUAAGGUCACAGGCUCCUACGGAAGAUGAGGAUGACGUUUUCUGUCGGGCUGUUGCUUGUGAGUUGAAGAAAAUAACAGAUAUGAAAGAAAAGCAAAGAAGAAAGUUGAAGAAGUGAAAACUCGAUGGAGGACGUUAAGAGCAAGAUUCGUCAAGGAGAACAAAAUCCAUGAGUAUAACACAAAAAGUGGGCAGAGUCAGGAGGAGCCAAGCUCUUGAGAGUGGUUUGAAGCCAUGAGUUUCCUUAAUCCUCAUGUAAAGGCAAGAAAAAUCACUUCCAGUAACCUUUUAAUAGAAAAUUUCAUUGAAACUGUGGAAGUAGAUAGCCAGGACCAUUGUUUCGGUGGGCCUGAAUUAUCUCCCUCUUUUGCUAUAUCUUUACCAAGCUGCUCGAAAGAUGUCAGUACCCCUUCAAGGAGUUAUGGAAAGAAAAGAAAAAUUUCUGAGGACAUAGAUAUGGAAAUAUU